ACCGGUAGCCAAUGCCUGACAUUGUUUGAAAUAUAACAUAAAUAAGAUGAUUUUGAGAAUUUUAAUUUUUUAUACCGUUCUGAAUCUUUUACAUUCUACUUAUGUUGUCAGAGAUAAAAACAAUGAAGAGCUGUUUAUACAACCUCUUCCUACAGGACAUGUCUAUAAUCACUUUCAGUUUACAACAACACUGGAUGCUGAACUGAGCGAUAAUAGCGCUUUUCAACAUGUGAGAUUAUUUCCGAAAGCUUUAGCAGAAAUAAUAAGUGCCUAUAAAAUCCAAGAGUUGCAUCUGUCUCUAAGUCACGGUCUGUGGAGACAUGAAAAAUGGGGUUAUCCAUUAAGGCCAGCUCCUCCUGGAGCAGAACUAGCUGUAUGGUUUGAAGAUGGAGUGAAAAAUGUUGAUCAACAAUGGAAAAGUUUUCGAAACGUUCUUGCAGGAAUGUUUUGUGCAUCUCUUAAUUUUAUGGAUACGAAAUCCACUGCUAUACCAAAGUUUUCUUUCAGGCCUUAUGGCGUUACAUCUGCUUUUUACGAUAGACAUAUCGUUUCUCAAUCAAAAAAUUUAAGGUAUUCAGCAUUACCCAGAGAAACUGUUUGUACAGAAAAUUUAACACCUUGGAAAAAGCUGCUUCCAUGUGGUGAUAAAUUUGGUUUAGGGACCCUGUUGAAUGCUCGAAAACUAUACGACAGUCAUUAUCAUUCUUUAUCGGUUGAUUUUAGACCAAUAUGCAGGAAUGAAUCGUGUCUAUCAACAAGUUUGGAGUUGACAUUUAGUUUGGCAGUAGUUUUUAAUAUAGUCGAUCACGGAAACCGACCUGAUUGGUCGUUGAGGGAUAUGUUUUCCCAUAGCUUGAGAUCAACAUGUCCUUUAUCCUCGUCCAGUAAAUUGAUUGUGGACGUAUCUCAAAACAAAACCUUGGAAUAUUUUUUCAACCUAAGCCCAGCACCAAGUUCUUAUUUUACAAAAAAUAUUGGUCAUGAAACAUUCAAGUACGCCGUUUAUGACUUAAAGAAUCAUUUACAAAACAACAAUAUUCUGAAUGUUCUUGCCAAGUAUAAUAGAAAAAUAUUUCGGAAAAAAACUACCAGUCCAACUUUAGUUGUUCAAACGUAUCAAACAGGAUAUGGAGAGGAGCGUGGAGGCGUAACUACAGUUAUACAUAAUAAUGGUGACAAAGACAGAAUUAUUGUUUUUCUACAAAUAAUCCCUUGGUAUUUAAGGGUUUACUUUCAUACUCUAACUUAUAGAACUUAUUGGGACUCAAAUUUAUUGGGAAAUAGCUCUCGAAUAAGACCUCUAAAACAAGUUUUCACACCGGGAAAAGAUCGCUCAAAGGUCUGCUCAAUAGAAGCUGUUCUACAAUUACCUCCAAAUACAAUAACUAAGAUACACUUUGAACUUGAAAGAGUUCUACUCAGAUGGACAGAGUAUCCCCCAGACGCCCAUCAUGGAUUCUACAUCAAUUCUCCAAUUAUAACUUCUUACGUUAAUAGCAUAGAGUACCCGUUAUAUUUAAGAAGAUCUUCUAAUUCUUUAUCAGAAACCUUGUAAGUUUUCACUCAUAGUACAAGGAAUUGGUUUUAUUUUUUUUUCCACUUAGGCUGAAAAAUGAAUCCGAUUUCGAAACUAAAACUUUGUUGCGUAUUUACUCAGAGAGUUUGCUUAUGAUUUUACCAACUCCCGAUUUUUCAAUGCCAUAUAAUGUUAUAUGCUUAGCUUGUACAGUUGUUGCUAUUGGAUUUGGAUCAGUGCAUAAUGUCACAACAAGAUUAUUGGUCAUGGUUGAUCCAGAUAAACCGCAUACUCCCAUUGGACACUUUCGACAUACAAUUACUAAGAAAUUUAAAGAAAUUAAGGGAAAAUUUCUAGCUGGUAGAACUGGAUAACUAGCAUAAAUAAUGUGUAAUAACUCUUGUGAUCAUCUUCAAUUGCUGAAGUGACUAAUUUAUAUCAAUAACUAAAAUUAGACAAUUUUCCAAAAUGUCCAACUUGUUCUCAUCUUUCACUUAUUUUUAUUUAUUUUCACGCUCUCAGUAAACCGUUAGGGAGUAUUCGAGUUUUUAUUUCAUUGA